GCUGGAAACCUCUUCUUCACACUCUCCCUCUCUUCGGGAAUCACAACUAACCCCCAACCUAAUUCAUAAUUAAAUCAAUUAAUUCCAUUUUUGCUCUUCCUAUACUCUUCUGGAUUCCUCCUCAACUCAAAUCUCUUCCUUGUUACCACCAUAUAAAUUCCAUCGCCAUGAACAUUCAUUUCCUUACUUGAACAAAACCUUCAGAGAAUCUCACCAAAUUUCGGAGAUUUUCUGAAGUGAUUCAUUCAAUCAUGUUGAUUUGCAGUAGAAUUCCAUUGCUCCCACCGAAGCUGGGCACCAAAUCACAUAUAAAAAACCAAGCUUUAUUCUCUCCAACAUCAAGAAUCCUCUGUUCUCAGCAGCAGAGCCCCAAGAGCACCAUGAAGGAAUACAGCAGGCGAAGAGCUCUGAAGCCAAUCAUCAUCACCCCAGAUGAGCAAAUCUCUCUUAUCAGCAAACAAUCCGAGAAAAAACUGAUCUUGGAUGGGAAGAAGGGGUUUCUGCAUCAGGAGAUGAUGAUCCUGUGCGCGCUUGGUUACUAUGUGAAUGGUUUCAGGGGAUUCCCGUGGCUGGCGCUCAACUUUCACAUGGCCCAUAAUCUCAAUAUGAAUCCCUCGACAUUGCAGAUUGUGCAGAACAUGGGCAAUCUGCCUAUGGUGGCGAAGCCCUUUUAUGGGAUCUUGUCUGAUGCUCUCUACAUUGGUGGUGCUCAUAGGAUUCCUUACGUUUCCAUUGGAGUGGUAUUGCAGGCGCUAUCUUGGGGCUCGUUGGCAUUAAUCCCAGCAGCUAGUAAAGCUUUUAUACCCCUCAUGGCAUGCGUGCUUGUGACUAAUUUUGGAGCUUCGAUUGCAGAGGUUGCAAAAGAUGCACUCAUUGCGGAGUAUGGCCAAUACAACAAAGUAUCGGGGCUCCAAUCUUAUGCAGUCAUGGCCUCAGCUGUAGGUGGGGUUUUGGGAAAUUUACUCGGAGGCAUUUUCUUGGUGAAAGCACUGCAGACUAAAUCAAUGUUUCUAGCUUUUGCUGCUAUUCUUGUGCUCCAACUCACUGUAUGUUUGAAAGCAAGAGAGGAAUCAUUCGGUUUACCUCAACCAUCAAACUACAAUCCUGUGAGGGAAUCAAUCCCACAGAUCAUCAAGAGACAGUACUCUGAUCUUAUGGUAGCAAUCAAGGAUGAGAGUGUAUCACACUCUCUGAUUUGGAUUGUUUCUUCAAUCUUGCUAAUCCCAGCUCUGUCAGGCUCGAUAUUUUGCUACCAGACUCAAUGUCUGAAUCUUGACUCCUCAGUUAUUGGAAUGUCAAAAGUAACUGGUCAAUUGAUGCUUCUUUCGUUUACUAUUCUCUAUGAUCGAUUCGGUAAGAAUAUUCCUAUGAGGAAGUUGGCCAGCAUUAUGCAGAUCUCAUAUGCGUUUUCUCUGCUACUUGAUAUGGUGCUAGUCAAGCAGAUAAACAUCCAACUUGGGAUCUCGAAUGAGGUAUUUGCUCUGUGUUUCUCGGGUCUUGCAGAGGUUAUUGCACAGUUUAAGCUAUUGCCAUUCUAUAUGCUGUUUGCAAGUUUAGCUCCAUCAGGAUGUGAAGGUUCUUUGUUGUCUUUCGUGGCUUCUGCUCUGUGUCUGUCGUCCAUAUUCAGCGGGUUCUUAGGCGUUGGUCUAGCCUCGUUUCUUGGUAUAACAUCCGGUGAUUACUCCAACCUCCCUUUAGGAAUCAUGGUGCAGUUUCUGGCGGCUUUACUUCCACUCCGGUGGAUUGGAUGUGUAACUACAUCACAAGAUCCUACCGAGAAGAAUGUCAAGAAAGGUAGAAGUAAAAAAACCCGAAGAACUAGGAGAGUGGGAAGAGUCUCGUACGAUCCUAUGUACUCCUAUCGCCGUGAAAGAGAAUCUGACCUACAAAGGUGAAAAUCUAAUCUCACGUAUUUUCGACUUAGUAAAAGCAAUGGAAUUUACAGAAUUAGGUCUGUGAAUGGUGUCUUGGUAUGCAAUAAGGGCGAGAUCACUUAAUUGAUUCUCGCGUUUAUUGCAACUAAAGGCGCUGGCACGCAACAGUCGGUUGGUGGGGAGAGUAACUAACUGAGGCAGCAUGGUUUCACCACAAGGGCUAGAAGCCAUCAAAGCUUGAGAUGUAUGGAUGCUUAAAAUGGCAACUCCAAAUUUGCAUGGACCACUUCUAGAAUUCUCCACAUGGUUGGUUUGGCUUCUGCUUCACAACCCCACCCUCGACGUGCCAACUUUGUCAUGUAGCUAUGAUUCAAAAUGCUGCAAGGUGAGGAGAAUCUUCUGCAUGCGAAAUCCACCUACCAUGGCAACACGUGAACCCCCUCGCUGCUCGAGGGUCGUUGUUCAAAUAUUCGGGAAAAAGGCAUUGUAGUAUUGUAACUUGGUAGCAUGUUUAGUUGCAUAUGUCAAUAAUAAUGAGAUUUGGUUCGAUUUGAAGUAGUACUAAAUCUUGUCUUGGUUGCUACUUGCUAGAAUUAGCUUUUUUGUUGUAGUAUUUGGUAAUACAGCUGCAAUAUGCAUAAAGGUAGAAGUUGAUGCGAA